AAAUGACUAUGAAUCCAAUCUGCGAACCGUUUACAAAUUUCCCAGCCCGAUUUGAUAUAGAGAAAAUUGCAGAGGAAUUUAAGCCGAAGGACAAAGAAAAAGAUGUUGAGAAAACUCUUAGCCCCCGCGAUUUUCUCAAUGUUCCCGACAAGGACUGGGUUGUGUUGCCCAUGUUUAAAUGCCACUUGGAUCAUUUGAAGCCGGUUCUUUCUGUACGCAAAAAUAAGUAUAUGCGGUGCCGUUACAGACAAUUUCUGGACAACGUUCCCGAGCACUUUGUCAAUGUGACAUUGUUUAGUGCAAAUAUUAACAAUCAGCCCAAACCAAGACGAAAAUCUCUUAAUGGUCAAUUUUAUGGUGUGGACUAUAAAUUGGCGCCCAUACCCGUUUCAGUCGAUCCGCGUGCGGCCGGCGGCUCCAAAUCAGUCAAAUCGAAACAUUCCAAGUUGUCAAAUUCAAAAAAUUGAAGAUACAGACUGGAGUCAUCGGCAGAUGUGCAACCCUGACACAUUAAAACUAUGAGUGUUUGGCAACACUGCUCGAUCAAUUGAGACGAAAA